CAAUCAGUACGAAUGUACGCAUACAUAUAUGAGAAGUGGGUGGUAAACAAUCACUUGACAGCCGCCUGUUGAAACAGCAGUAAGAUUACUUGGGAACCACACAGCAAGAUACAAUCGAAGGCCGCUGCUCGAUAGUGACAACAAGAAACGCUUAUAUUGCUUCAACAUGGAUCCUUCCCUGGAUGACGCUAAAAUUGUAAAAGAAACGAUACACGCUGGCAGUAAAGUGGUACCCUUUCAGGAUGGAACCAAAAUUCGCUUCCACUAUCUAACGAAAAAGCUGGACGGAACGGUUUUGGAUGAUAGUCGCAAGCUGGGGAAACCUAUGGAACUGGUGCUGGGGAAAAAGUUCAAGUUCGAAGUUUGGGAAGUAUGCGUCCAACGGAUGGCCUUGCACGAAGUGGCCCGAUUUCGCUGUGACCGUUCCGUGGUUCAGCAGUAUCCGUUUGUUGCGAAGACAAUUCGUGACUCGCUGAAGCCAGCCGAACAGCGGAAGCACUGCUGUGGCAUGACCAUUCAGAAUGAAGGCAUCGGGUAUAAAGAUUUGGAUGAGAUCUUCAACGAGCCACAGGAUUUGGAGUUUGUGCUGGAGAUUUUGUCCAUCGAGAGUCCAGAAGAAUACCAAAAAGAAUCUUGGCAGCUAAACGAUGAGGAAAAGCUCGAACAAGUGAGCAAGCUGAAAGAAAAAGGUAACGAUUGCUAUGCUAGGAGAGACUUUGUGGGGGCAACGGAAGCUUAUUCCUAUGCGACUGGACUCGUAGAGCAGCUGAUGCUGAAAGAAAAGCCUAAUGAUACGGAAUGGUUGGAACUGGCAAAACUUAAGGUACCUCUACUGCUCAAUUACUCGCAAUGCAUGCUACUGGAUCAGGACUACUAUGCAGUGAUCGAACAUUGCAGCGAGGUGCUUGAGAAGUACGAUAAAAACAACGUAAAGGCGUUGUUUCGUCGAGCCAAGGCUCACGUUGGAGCUUGGAAUCCGGAUCAAGCCAGAAAAGACUUUGAGCGAACGGCUGAAUUGGAUCCGACCCUAGCGACGGCUGUCGCAAAGGAGCUGAAAAAUUUGCAGGAACUUAUCCGACUGAAAAAUGUCGAGGAUAAGCUGAAAUUUCAGAAAAUGUUCUGAGUGUAUGUAGUGGUUUCAUCUGUUGAGCGCGUACAAAUGUUUUUAACUUGGAUGUGUCUUUUAGAUGUAUGUAAUGUAUCUAUGUCAUUAGCUUUUAUGAAUUUGAGAAUAUAAAUUGUAUUAUGUA